AUCAGUAACCAAUCAAAUUACAGAAUUCAUUACUGGACGUAAACAAAAAUUGAGCAUCUGUCAUGGAUUUUCAUAAUUUGAACUGAAAUUUCAGCAAGAAAAGUAAUGAAAAACAACUGAUAUAUAACAAUUUUAGAUCGCCAAAAUUUAUUUUUAAAAGAUGCCAGGGACUAAAGGGUUGCGACCAACAUCUCCUGUCCAUGUGCAUGUAGAUGACGAUGUUCCUGUUCAUGUCCAUGUAAAACAGCCAAAGAAAAAGAAAUCUGGAGUUACAAGUACAAAAAAGUUUACAAAAAGUACAAUAUCUUCUAGAGCCCGUAGUAAGAGCCCUUCCUCUGGACCAUGGGUUCCACCUCCAGCAAAAGCAACAAAGGGGUCUAAAGUAUCUUGGCAGUGGGUAAAUCCGUUAUGCAAGAGCCGGUCAAGCGGAAAAGGUACAAAAGGACGUCAUCGGAAACAAAAACUGUACAAAGGCCCCACCCACAGACUCGAGAUCCACACCCCACGAGAUGCUCUACGUAUGGAGGACCUUAGCACAGAUGAGGAAGAUCGUGUUCAUAAUGAGAUGCGCAUUUAUGAAAAUAAAAUUGAAAAUCUUAUGAGUGAAGUGGGAACCCUCAAAAAUGAGGUUGAGCUGCAGCGGACUUUACGUGAAAAUGAACGUCAAGAAGAUGAAUUGAACACAUCACGACGUAUCCUUGAGGAGCAGGAACGUGAGCUUGAGGACUACAAGGAUGAGUUGACGCAGAGUUCACGUGAAAACAGGCUACUCAAACAGAGUAUGGGGAUUCUUAGAGAUGAGGCUGAAACUGUUAGGGCAGAGGCUGAUUUGUUGAAUCGUGAACGUGAGAAGUUGAUGAAGAAAUUGAUCGAGGUUGAGAUGGACGGACAGUCAGCUGCCAAACAAGCCUCACAGCUCCGAGAUCUUGUUAGAAAAUUCAGACAGGAUACAAGAAUAUCUCAGGGCGACAGUGCUAGGUUGGCUAAAACUAAAGACCUGCUUCUAGAGAAACUAGCUGAUUUUGAAGCAACAAAUCGCACAUUGAGACGCUUUCUACGGGAACAGCACAAACAAGAGGCUGCGGCACUCAGACUAAGUGAGCAGCGGGAUAUACUCAUAAAGAAGCUUGCAGAUACUGAUAUCUCAAAUGAGCGACUGCGGUCUGAACUGCUUGAUAGAGAUCGAAUGAUUGCAGAACUUCGGGUGCAGAUAGAAUCCAAUCGGGAAGAAAAUUUGGCCCUGACAAAGUUACAGAGCUCCCUAGAGUCCACAAGGGGUCAUUUACAGAAAGAACUACGUAUGAAAGAAGCUGACUGUAACAGAAUGGCAGUUCAAGUCAGGACAUUAGAAAGUGACAAUGCACAGAAUAAGAUAGAGAUAGACCACCUGCGGGACCUCGUUGCUAACGCAAAGGACAGAGCUGAGAGGGACAAAGAGGCCCUGAAGAAAGCUACAAGAGUUCAGAAACAGAAGGCCGCUCAGUCCGAGGACCGUGCCGAACAGCUUGCAGCGGAAUUGUUGGAGCGAGAUGCCAAACUUGAAGAUACACGUACACAACUUGAAGAGUUCUCAUUACGCCUUGAAAAAUCUGUGAAGGAACGUGCACAGUCUGCGGCAGAAAACACAGCAUUGAAAACGCGUCUAGAAGAGUUAGAGUCACUACUGGAGCGUGUAGACCAUAAUUCCAAGGCUCACAUUGAAGAACUCACUGCCAGAGUACAUACAAAGAGCUCUGAGGUUUCAGGUCUUAGUCUUGAAAAUGAACGUCUGAAGUCUUCUGUUGCCGCAAUCGAGACUAAAUUUGCCCAGGCAGAUGAGGAAUUAAUGCAGCUUCGGGCAAAUCUCAAACAUUAUGAGAAUCUUGUCGACGAAUAUAAAACACAGAUGAACCAGUCCAGGCGUGAAGCUGACGAGACGACCUUUGAACUCCGCGAGACCAAAAAAGACACUGAACGCAUUAAAGAAGAUAGUGAGGCUGAGCUGGAAAAGUUACGGUCACAAGCAUUCUCUUGUACUGCCUUCUCUGUUGUCCUGUGUGCGGUAAAAACACAACUUCAGGACAGGUUGCAAGAGUUACAGCCCUUGCCUGAGAUGUUGAAAAAUACAGAACUACGUUUACAUGAGUCUGAGGACAGCCUCAGGGCCUCUGAGAGAAGAAAUGCAGAAAAUAAUAAAGUUAUUGCAGAACUACAAACAAAGGUUGAUUCAAUGUCGGAAACAAUGGAGAGAAUGAAGGAGAAAUUACAAGGCUCUCAGACAGACAACCAUUCUAUGAAUGAACGUGUUGUCACCAUGGAAAGACGUUUACAGGAGGCCGAGGACCAGAAUAGAGAGCUUCUAACAACAGUAGCUAGGAGGGAGGAGGCCCUGCAUCAAAAUAAUUUACGACUGGAGGACAGGGAGAGAGAGAAUGCCAGUUUAACGCGUCAGUUGGAAGGUGCUCUCACAGACCUCCGUCGUCAGCAGGAACAGACCAGAGACAAGCAACAGGCAAAGGAACGUACCUUACAGACCCGCAUUGUUGACCUUGAGUCACAGCUUAGUCAAACUCGAGCUGAAGUUGCUCGAAUAAAGAGGGAGAAAGAGGAGACGGAGAGAAAGUUCAACUCUCGUUUAUAUGACCUCAAAGAUCGCCUGGAACAGUCACACAGUACCAAUCGUAGCAUGCAGAACUAUGUACAGUUUCUUAAAAACUCUUACGCUAACGUUUUCGGUGAUAGUUCUGUUAAUAUGAUGCCUUCUACACCAAUGCGAUCAGGAUAUCCAUGACAGAUACUUAAGUGAUUGAUGCAUUUUUUUGAUAUUUACGUGUAUUUUAGGUACUUUAUAUUAAAAUUAGAAAGAGAUUUUUAUACCAUUUCAGCAUAUCAGGUACUCUUAUUGAUUUAGUUGGACUGUUUACGCGAGCUAGAACUAUGAGUUUAUUUAUUGUCUGAGAGCUUAAUACUCUUGGUAUCUGUGCACUUUUAAGGUAGAAAUGUUUACGAGGCCAAAAAUGUUAUACUAGUAGUGUAUGUAUUUGCCAUGUAUACAUAUAGGAGUUAAUUCUUGUAUCAGUAAAUGUCUCAGUUGUAUUCAGAAAAUUACAGGUUCUUUGCGCAAUUUUGCAGUUAACGUUUAAAAAUAUACUUGUUAAAUCUAAACCUGAAGUCUUAAACAUGUAGAUGUACAUGAAGCUAUAAGCUUAAAUGAAUUUAUCAGACAAAUAUUUGCAGACACUUAUCAUAUCAUGUAUAGAGGUGCAGGCAGGUGCGAGUAUGAAAUCCAAACCUCUAAUGUUAUGGAAAAAUAUAUAACUGGGUAAAGACGAAGGAGUAAAAAUACUGUUUGGGAAUACAGUCCUUGUAUUAUCAUUUUGCACAAGAUAAGAUUAUUGCAAAUGAAAAUUAUUUUGCAUGGUCUGCUUCAUUUAGGGAGGUUUAUAUUUACCUUCAGACUUAUAUGAUUUCAUAAUGACUGGUAUGUAUAAACUGGUUCAUUUUCAAAAUUAAGCAUUUGUUUGAAAUUGAGCAAAUCCAUAUCUUGUUUUAAUUUAUUAUACAGUUAUUGACUUAUGUUGAGGUCAGUAUGUGUUUUUAUUGACCUUUUAAAAAAUGAUAUUGUUCGUAAAAACACAUAUUGACCGAAACAUAAGACUAUAAUUGUUAUAUUAUAUGCCCUUCUCAAAUGCACAUUUGACUGGCCUAUAUUUUAUACAUAUAAGAAAAAGUGAUAUCAGAAGAGUCAUUAUCAAAUCACCUGCCCCUCAUCGAUGUGGGUUCGAGCCUCACUCGGGGCGUUGAAUUCUUCAUGUGAGGAAGCCAUCCAGCUGGCUUACGGAAGGUCGGUGGUUCUACCCGGGUGCCCGCUCGUGAUGAAAUAAUGCACGGAGGGGCAUCUGGGGUCUUCCUCCACCAUUAAAGCUGGAAAGUCGCCAUAUGACCUAUCAUGUGUCGGUGCGACGUUAAAUCAAACAAAAAAAACAAAAAAAGAAGAGUCAUUAUCACUUUUGCAGGACAAUACCACUUUUUGCAGACCUGUGCGUGCACCCCUUUCAACCAAUCAAAUGAGCGCAUUUGAGAAGAGUAUAUAAUACUGUCUCAUAAUAACUUGUACAUUAAAAUCAUAGGUAAAGCAUUCAUUAAUUAAUAAUUAUAGGUGCUUUUUUUUCUUCCCUCUUUUUCACUUUAAAAAAAAAUUACCUUUAUUGAAGUAUACUGUAUAUUUUAUUAGGCACAGGAUCUUUUUUAUAUCACAACUGUAAUAAUCACAAUUGUAAAUUAAUAAGUAUACAUACAUGCAUAGUAUACUCGAGUUUUUUUAUUAAAAUCUAAUAGCACCUUGAUUUUAUGUUAUGGUUUUAGGGGAAACAAGGUACUAGUUCUAUUUUUUCAUCUUUUUUUUGUACGUAAUAUCUGUUUAGUGUCUGAAUAUUACAAGUAAUUGAUAAGAUAUUGUAAGAUAUAUACAUAAUGGUGUUAUAAUAGUAAUUUACUGCCAGGUUAGUGAACACAUAUCAUAUUAAGUCAUAUCCGUCCAAACAAUGUUUUUUUAGUCUUGCUUCAGUGUAAACUGUAUAACGUUUUUGCCAGUAUGUUUGAAAAAAGAAGUGAAAGUUUUAAAAUAAUAGUACUUUUUAUUGAGUCAAAGAACGGAAUAACAAGUAUUUUUGCUUUUAUUAUACCUUAAUGGUGCCUCAAAGCAUUGUUCAAUAUUGACUAAAGGAUGACAAGACAAAAUCCCCAUGCUCAGUUUAGACAAAUAGGAUAGGGGUCCGGAUUUUGUCUGCUUGGUCAAAUUUAUCUUGGUGGAAUUUCGUCCACAGGCAGCCGCAAACAAUAAUAUGGGUGGUUAAGUAAAGUUGUACAUGUAAAUGUAGAGGCGACUUUUUGACAGAAUUUUAGAUGUAAAUACACAUAGAACUAACAGUUUCACAGCAGGAAUUUUGCAUUUGUACAGAGAUCUGGACACAUACCUGUGUUUUUAUUUAUUUAUCUGUGAUAAAAUAUUGAUGUUAAAUGUUUGUUUCUGCUUUACUUACUUUUUAAUUUUUACACAACUAUUUAGGUUGUCAUGUCUUUGAGUAUAAUGUGCUAUGUAUGCACUAUAUGGGAGGUAAAUUUCACUAGUGGUUGUUCUUUUCAUAUUAACUAUAGUUAAGAUGACCUUAUUGCCUUCAUUAAAUGUGAAAUAUAAAUAAUCCUUAUAGACGCAGUAACUUUGUUUUACGUUUUUUGCUUGCAUGAAAUUUACUCAGUCUGCAAUUGUUAGUUUAAAAAGCUUUAAAAUUAAAAAAGUGAAAUAUUGUUUCAGUCAUUUAGAAAGCAUCUUUUACAAGAUCUGCUGUUACAUAAAAAUCUAGCUUUUUUUAUCCAGUUUAUGUGAAAAUGUUAUUGAACAUCUUCUAGUAUAGCAAUGAUUUAGUUGAAGCAAAUGUCAUGAAUUACUGAUAAAUCAAAGGCUGAAUUUUUCGCUCUGUACUUUUUUUUGACAUUCGGAAGUCAAGAAGAGGACUUUUAUUUCGAAUCAGCAGCUUGUGCCUGUUAUUUAGACUUCUAUUAAGGUAGUUCUGCACAUUUCAUAAUUAGGAAGUGUAGAAAAUGUAGAGAAAAAACUCAAAAAUAUUGACACAUUAAAUAAUUCCAAAUAAUGCCUUCAGAUCUGCUUGAAAUUUGUAGAUCCCUUAAAUCAAGUACCUCAAAAAAAAGCAUUCAGGCCUACACAUUUUAUUUGACCAAUAAUAUUUAAUAUACAAUGUUGAUUUACAACCUUGAAAACAUUCAUAAAAAUCUAUGUUAUAGAAAAAUUCUUUUUAGCAUAAAUUUUAUCAAAAUUUGAAUUUUCCCGUUGACUCCCAUUAAGAAAAUUUAUUUGGGGUCCAAAUUUCUUCAGUAUGGCAAGAAAAACAAGCUCGUAACCCUGCCUUUUUUAUUUGCCAUAUUUUCUAAGUAUAUUCCGAAGUUUUGAAAAAACUGGGUUUAACUGAAUUCUAAAUUGUAGAAUAAAACAUCUGAAUGUGCAAAAUUACCUUAACUGAAUUUUCAGAUUACUCACAGGAAGUAAUCAUGUGUGAAGAUGAAAUGUUAUGGUAGAUCAUUUUUACUUGAAGUCUUUAUACUGGUAUAUUGAUGUGAGGAAUUCAUUUUAAGGGAAGACUACAAAAAUGAAUUUUAGGCUCAGGCAUUGUUCUUUAUUAUGUAUACAAUCGAAAAUAGAAAUAAAAGUAUUUUUAUAAUACA